CUCACGCCCUAUUUUUGAAUUGACGUCAGAGCCACAACUGGCAGUUAUUAUUUAUAUUGUGUCCUUAGUGUACAUGGCGUUUUUCAGCAUAAGAAAAGGAAAGGGGGGGGGGAGAAAGGCAAGGUCCUUGCCCUCAAAAGGUAAUAAUCUAUGCAGGAAGAAGUCAGAGAAGAGGAGACUGGGAGAAAUAACAGGGUGAAUAUGAACAGGUGCAGUUAUGGGGGGGACGGAGGUAGACUGGGCUUGGGGAGGUGUCUGAAUCUGUGGCCCUCUGGAUAUUGCUGCCCCAUCAGGCUAGACUAUUGGCCAUGCUGACUGGGGCUGAUGGGAGUUGGCGUUCAACAACCUAUGAAGGGCCACAGGUUUCGUACCCCUGGAUUAAAGCAGGAUAAUAAAUAAUAAUAAUAAUAAUAAUAAUAAUAAUAAAAUUUUAUCUAUACCCCGCCCUUCCCGGUUCAAAAACCGGGCUCAGGGCAGCUAACAACAAAUUUAAAACACUUUAAAACACUUAAUUAUAAAAGCAGCAUAAAAUAUAGUAUAAAAACAUGAAUAACAAUAAAAUUCAAAAAUCAAUUAGAUAAUCCCCAGGGCUAGCUGGCUGAAUUGGUCCUACUUGGGCCAACGAGGAGGCCAGGGGAGAAUUAACUGUGGGGUCUCAGAGCGGGUGAUCUUCAUAAAAGGGGAGGGGGAAGGAAAAGAAGGGAAAUAAAAGAUCAGGCUGAAUUCAAAUUAAAGGCCAAGAAAUGGGAUCAAGGGGCAACCAAUUAAGUUUCUCAAGUCUUUUGUAGCUGAAGGUGUCUUGGCACCAUAAAAAUUGAAGGCAAAUAAGAAGCAAUAUGCAUAUUUUGCUGAGCCAACUUGACAUUUAAAAAAAUGAUCUGUCUUACAGGCCCGACGGAAGGAGGUUAAAUCCUGAGGGGCCCUAGUCUCAUGGGACAGAGCAUUCCACCAGGUCGGAGCCAUCACUGAAAAGGCCCUGGCCCUGGUGGAGAACCUGUGGCUCUACAGCUUUGUUGGACUCCCAUCAGCCUCAGCCAGCAUGACCAAUGGUCAGGGAUGAUUAACAACUUUAUCCCCUGUUAUUUACCAGCAAGUCUCAGGGUUGGCUGCAACAAUUCAGAAUUAAAAACAGUGGAAACAGUUAGUCACAGGAAUAGGGUGCGUCCUGAAAACACACAUCUCGGGAGUCAAAGGCCAACGUGUGUGUCUUCAGAGAACCCAUGUGGUAUAGUGGUUAAGAGCGGUGGACUCGUAAUCUGGUGAACCGGGUUUGCUUCCCCGCUCCUCCACAUGCAGCUGCUGGGUGACCUUGGGCUAGUCACACUUCUCUGAAGUCUCUCAGCCCCACUUACCUUACAGAGUGUUUGUUGUGGGGGAGGAAGGGAAAGGAGAAUGUUAUCCGCUUUGAGACUCCUUCGGGUAGUGAUAAAGCGGGAUAUCAAAUCCAAACUCUUCUUCUUCUUCUUCUUCUUCUUCUUCUUCUUCUUCUUCUUCUUCAGUAUCUGCUGAAAGCUGUGAAGGUACCAGAUGCACUCUGUGGGGAGGGAAUUCCUUGACUUAGGAGCUGCCACAAAGAAAGCCCGCUCCCAGGCCACCACCCCAAACUUCUGAGGGUGGUGGGGACCCCUCUGCUGAUCUUAAUAUCUGGGAGGGUCUGUAGAGAAGGAGGCGUUCUUUCAUAUAUUUGGGGCCUAAGUCAUUUGGAGCUUUAAGCACAAGCGUGAACACCUGGAAUUAGGCCCAGAAACAAAUUGGCAACCAACACAGCUGUUUUAGAACAGGGGUUAUACGUGCUCAGAAGGAAACUCCAGCCAGUAAUCCACCUGCUGUAUUUUGGACCAGUUGAUGUUCCCAAGUCAUCUUCAAGGGCAGCCCCACAUAGUGCAAUAAUCCAGGCUGGAAGUUUCCGGACUGUGGAGUACCAUGGCCAGGUCACCUCUGCCCAAAAGGGGCUGUUGCUCAUGUACCAGCUGCAGUUGGAAAUAGGCACCCCUGGGUCUCAAGGCCACCUGGGUCUCAAAUUACAAUGUUGAAUCCAGGAGUACCCCCAUCUUUGAACUUUCUCCUUCCAGGGGAGUACAACCCUGUCCAGAUCAAGGCUGUCUUCCCACCUCCUGGACUCGAGAACUUGGAAAACCAUUGUCUCUUCAAGAUUUAGCUUGAACCCGUGGAAGAAGAUUGGAAGAAAUUUAAAGUUUAUUUACAGAAACAUUGUAAAAUUAAGGAAUGUUAGAAGGAUGUUGGAAUGAAGUAAUGUGGUUUUAGCAGAAAUGCUAUAAAGGAUUAAGAAAAAAUAGAUUGCUAAAUGGUGAAAGGAGGGAAAGUAAAGUUACAUUAUAUUAAGAUAAAAUAGAGGACAAAAACUGGAAAAGAUGGAAAGGACUUGCUGAAAUAGCUAAUUGAACUAGAAUACAAAGAAGGGAGGUAUGAGGAGGUCAAGGAAAUAAGCAAAUGAAAGAUAAGUUAUGGGAAGAUUCAUUGUAUUUUUUUCUCUUUUCUUUUUUCUUUCUUUUCUUUUCUCUUUUUUUAUUGUGGUGUGAUGUUUUGUCUUUCUUUAAUAUGCUGUUUUUAAUUUCUUCUUUUUGUAACCUUUUAAAAUUUAAUAAAUAUUAUUUUUUUAAAAAAAAGAUUUAGCUUGAACCCAUCACUACCUCCAAGCACCUGUCUAGCGCCUCAGCCACCUCUCCUGAUUUAGAUGGAAAAGAUAGAGCUGGGUGUCAUCUCUAUAUCGGUGGUACUUCACUCCGAAACGCCUGAUGACAGCCCCCAGUGGCUUCAUCUAAAUGAUAAACAGCAUGGUGGAAUCCUGCAGGACACCACUGGCAAGCUUUCAGGGUAACACACAGUGGUCUCCUUUGGUGUUGCACCUUUGGGGUCAACCCACCGCCUGACAACAGCAGACCUAUCAAUAAUUUCUGCAACCUCUACCUCACAUAGUUGUCAUUGGCCAGAAAUUGCUUUUUGGGGAAUGGGAUACUGAUGAAAGUAUUUGUGUGGAGGGGAAACUAUCAGGGAUCAGAUGAAACACCACUGCGGUGGCAGCGACUGGUUAUGAAGUCCCAGGAUGAGCCCUGGAUGAGUGGGGAUGUGGGGAGUGGUGUAUCAUACAUUUCACCAUCAUCCUGUAUCUUAAUGUCAAACCAUAUACAGCAGUCCCUGCAAUCAUAUAGAAAACAUUCUUUUAACAUAUCAAGGGCAUGCCGGAUUAUGUUUUAAAAUAAAGGUUGGGUUUCAAGUCCUCAUCGUUGCAGACUACAAAAAAACAAAUCUAAACUUGAAAAUGUGCACCACUGACUGACCCUGUAGCGGUGACAUUGCUACAAGAUCUGAUGCCAUUCUGGUCAGUAUUCAGACAUGUUCCUUUAUUUGCAGGGCCCUGGAAGAGCGUAUGCUCUCGGAUAUUGAAGACCUGCAGAGCGAUAGAAAUCUGUAGUUGCAUCCCUGCAAAAUAUCCUCUUUUGUGACUCCAAUGUUUAACAGUUCACUCCUAAAGUGAGAAGCAGUGAAGGCAAGAAAAAAAAAAGCUGGCAAAGUUCUAUGCUGGGCUCAUCGCCCAGUGAGAGUGGGGCUGGGUUGCCAAAUCUGUAGGAGGCGGCCUUGUGUGGGUGUCUUAGGAAGGCUGUUUGGACAGAGAGUAUAAGGGAGUGACAGUCUGGAUCUCUCUUUUUAUCACACAUGCAAAUCCGCGUACACAGAUAUCAGUCAAGCUCGGAAGCUGAAGAAUAGUCAGAUUCAAAAACUGACACAGAUACUGAGACAUCUGCUGGGUUACAGAAGGAGUGCUGGGAGCCAGGACGUUUGGUUCUGUCCCCAGAUCUGGAUGGGAGAGCAGCUCAGUUGCUAGAUCAUAAGGGGGUUGUGAUCAGGGCAGAUCAAAGCUGCAAGAACAGUUACUUUGGUUCCAGGACUUUGUGCUCAAUGCCCACCUCCCACCACUCCCCAGCAAACUGAGAACGGGAAUAGAUAGUCAGAACAAAGAGGAAGAUGUGUCAGGGUUCAAGGUAUCCCUCCAUGGCUGGGAAAGAGAGGUGAGAAAACUUCAGAACCUAGGACAGAGUCACAGGUAAGGUUUGAUUUGUGCUAUAUGAGAAAUAGGGGUGUGAUAAGUUGUGUGACUGGCUUGGAAGAAAUGGGAUCAAGGGGCAACCAAUUAAGUUUCUCCAGUCUUUUGUAGCUGGAGGUGUCUUGGCACCAUAAAAAUUGAAGGCAAAUAAGAAGCAAUAUGCAUAUUUUGCUGAGCCAACUUGACAUUUAAAAAAAUGAUCCAGAAUUUCAAAUUAAAAUGCAACAUUCUUUUACUAUAAUGCUGUUACAGUGGGUCUGAACCCAAAUAAGCUCUUGAAAGUUUGUGUUUUAAUAAGAUAUCGUUUCAUCUAUCCCAUGUGUCUCAGAUCUUUUGCACUUGCUUCCUUCUUCACUAGACGGUGUCCAUAUUAUGGGUAUUGAGGUGGGUGAAAGGGUUAAACUUCCUGCUUAGGGUUAAGGUUACUAUUUCUCAGCCUAAACCUACUUCUCAGGGUUGUUGUGCAUGAAUUGAGAGGACAAAACUAUAUUUAAACACACUCUGAACCACUGGGAUGUAGCAAGAAAUACAUUGUUUAUUUCACAAUUCCCAUUGAUGUCCCUGGUGCCUUACUGACCCAAUGUUGUGCAGUGGUUAGAAUGCUGGACUGGGAUUGGGGACCUGCAGGUUCAAUCCUCACUCAGCCAUGAAGCUCCCUGGGUGGUGAUCUUGGGCCAAUCACUCUCUCUCAGCCAGCCUAGCUCUCAGGGGUGGCUGUUCUGUAGUUAAAAUGGAAAGGGAGAACGUUGCAUGCCCCCUUGAGUUUUUCAGAGAAAAGGUGGGAUAUAGAUGUUAUUAAGUAAGAAAGCACCUGGAAUGCACUUACGGAGAAAUGUAUUUCCUUUUAAAGAUCCCUGUUCCACGGAGCUUACGAUGAGCACUUCUACAUGGGGUGAACUAAGAGUGGGAGAAGCAGAGGAGAAAAAUGGGGGGGGGGGGGAGCAAGAGCAACAGGGCAUACAUUUUCUCUCUUCAGAGCAGUUGCAUAUUACUUUACUUUAAUGGCAACUAAUUAGUCCCUGGUUAAUUCUCAUGCUGCAAUUGCACCAUGUCUACUUCCUGCAAGGAAGUGCCACCCCACGAUUCCUUGCCAACAGUAAUGGAACAUGGGAGGGCAUCAGACUCUGUACAAUAAUUACUCUAAUUGCCAGGACUGUUGCAGUUUAUGGUAGGGACAAUCUGACCGUCAGUCUUGCAUGACUUUCUUUUAUUCACAUACCAAUUGUUCAUCAGUAUGUUUUGGAUUUACAAAGCCAGUGUGAAAGUUCCAUCUCUCUCACGAUUAAGUUCUGUAAAUCUCUGUGAAAUUAUCCUUAAUAUGCACAGUUGCUCAGAUACUGGAUUCAUAAACAGAAAGGGGAGAAAUAGUUUCAGUUAAAGUCGCAAUCGGUGGUCAUAGUUGCAUAGCUACCUAAGUUUUACAGGGCAGUCUUGUGCAUGUCUACUCAGAGUAAGCAAUCCAUGGGAGCUUACAUCAAGGUAACUGUUUCUAAGAGUGCAUCCGCAGGUAGAAACCUGCCCUCUUGCUUAAAGGUAAAGGUAAAGAGACCCCUGACCAUUAGGUCCAGUCAUGGCCGACUCUGGGGUUGCGGCGCUCAUUUUGCUUUAUUGGCCGAGGGAGCCAGCGUACAGCUUCCGGGUUAUGUGGCAAGCAUGACUAAGCCGCUUCUGGUGAACCAGAGCAGCGCACGGAAACACCGUUUACCUUCCCGCCAGAGUGGUACCUAUUUAUUUACUUGCACUUUGACGUGCUUUCGAACUGCUAGGUUGGAAGGAGCUCACCCCGUUGCAGGGAUUUGAACCGCUGACCUUCUGAUCGACAAGUCCUAGGCUCUGUGGUUUAACCCACAGCGCCACCCGUGUCCCGCCCUCUUGCUUAGGAAGAGUCUUAAGAACCUGAGAAGUGUGGAGAUUACUGUAUCAGGGACUGUGACAAAGUGCUAGUGCAAAUAUACUGGCAUUCACUUAUUUGAGCAGAAAAGGCAGGUGUAGUGUUGUCUAGCUUAAACUAUACAGUGGACAGCUCAAGAGUCAGAGCAAAGGAAGUUUGGCAACAAUCCCUUUUGGUAAAAUUGGUUUGCAUUUGGCUGCAUUCCAAUAGUUGAAAGGGUGAGGUGCCCCUAUCCAUGAUCUGCUGCAAAAACCUGGCCAGUGAGAGAGACUUAACCGUGCCCAACAGCUGAAUUCAGAGGAAGUGGAGCUCAACUGCCAAAGCACCAGGGGCUGUAUGGGUGCAAGGAUUUGCUGGACUUAUGGAACAGCCACCACUAGGUUCUGAAAUGAAAAAAUUAUGGCAGAGAAUGGAAUGCAUUCUGUCUCUCCCUAAAAUCUAGUAUUUUUGCGAUUCUACAUGAGUAUGCAGAUAAGCCUCUCCUUAUCUGUCUCCAUUAUGCUGAAGGAAUUCAAACAUCACCAUCCCUUUGGAAGACUCUAAGCAUGGGAGAUUUGCAGUGUGUAGUCUAGAGUGUCCCAGGCUGCAUUGCAUUACCUCUCAUGUAUUUCUGCAACAAGACUGGAGCCUGUUGGAAGGAGAGCAAUGAUCUGGGGUUGUUGUUGUUUAAUUAUUGUUGGUCAGAAAAUCAUGAACCCACAAUCUUGUAUGAUAAAUGAGCAUUAUUUCUUACCGCAUGGAUACACUGUGUGCAUGUGAUCUAUGUGUAAUGUUUUCCUUACACAGGCGUGAUAUCUGUAUAGGAAUUAAUGCGUGAGGGAAAAGUCCACAAAGAUAUCAACCAGGGCAGUCUUCCUGAAGAGGCAUUUGUGACUGCCUGGAGAAGGAGCAGCCAAUCUUCCUUAGCCUACACGAAACAACAUAUAUAUAUAUAUGUAUAUUGCACAAGUUGCAAACCACCGUGGGAAUAAUUCAUUUUGAACGGUAGGUAAUAAACUUCUUAAAUGCAACAUACAAAAAAUGUGUGCAUGGACAGGAUAAGGCCCUCAAUAGCUACAAGUUGCGAUGGCUCUAUACUCCCUCCGAGUCCCAGUCACUGGGGAAUAAUUGCAGAAGGCUAUUGUACCCAUCUCCUGCUUGUGCUACCCUCUGCCAAAAAAGGCCUCUGAUUGGCCACAGAGUGCUGGACCAGACAGGUGUUUGAUCUCACCCAGCACAGCUCAUCUUUUGUCCUACAACAUAAGAAAAGCACAGAGCUAUAGAAAUAUAUUUGUUUUCCUUGGGGGCAGGGGUCUCUCAUGCCUAUGCGACCAUGGACUUCCCAAGAGCCCAAGACAUUAAUGAGUUGUCUGCCAAACUUUCUGGAGAGCCAAAUCAAACUUUUGAGAAAAAGCACAUACUAUAUAGUCCACAAGGGGCAGCACCACUUCAGAAUGCAAGUGGGUGGAAUUGUAUGUUUGGAUGUUCCCUGCACAUUAAAAAAAAUCUCUCCAACCCACAGAAAACUGGCUUAAGACAGAACCUGAUGGGCCAAGGAAGAAACACUACUAACUGAACUGUUAAGAGGAUCUCCUCUCUCUUCCCUCCCUUCCCCCAGCCCCACUACCCUCCUCUCCAGACCUACCACAAUGUGCCCUUCUGCUCCAGUUAUCGUCAUGGCUUUUACCAUCCUCCUGUGUCAAGGAACCUGUGCUCAGGAGUUCCCUAUUCACACUCAACAGCAUCAUCAUGACCAGUACUGGUACCAAACCACAGGAGAUCAAGUCCCAGUGAUCAGUGAGUCAAUUCUCUUUUAGAGAAGGAGUUUUGGAUAUGCAAGAAGCAAAAUGUGCCCACUCCCUGUCUUGUUAUUAGGAAGCUAGAUUUGGGUCUUUGGCCUGCUUUCAGUUCCAUCACAUCUACUCGGAAAAGAGAGCCAAGCUAUACAUUACCCAUUUUACACCGCUGUAUUUUACAAGUCCCAAUUAUUUCAUGCACGCACCAUUACAACACCUGCAUUUUUCCUGUACAUUCUCAACUUUCAAAGUGUGAUUGAGCAAGACCUUCAGUUAGGAAGGCAAACCGUUGCUGGAGUCUUUGUGUGGCAGCACCACACAAAAUAUGGUACUGGAAGAUUUCAGGCAGCCAACACUCAUGAUGAGAUAGGGGCAGGCAUUACAAUAUAUAUGUGACAGUCUAAUGCCAGUAAGGGAAACAAAGCUUGGGGAAAGGUUAGGAGCUGGGACUCUCACAGACCAAAGCUAUAGCCGAUGAGAAAGGAGUGUGCAGGACUUUGCUGUGGUUUCUCAAAGGGAGCUCUUGAUGGCUCCCACUUCAGGUCUUUGUUUCCUCCCUGCUCCAGGUGGCGGCACCUGCAAGGUGAUUGCUAUCCGCCGCUGCUGUAACCGCAACCACAUCGAGGAGAGGUCUCAAACCAUCCAGUGCUCCUGUCUCCCGGGGAAAGUGGCUGGGACAACCCGCGGCAAACCUUCUUGCGUGGAUAGUAAGUGCUUGGAGGCAAGGCCUCUUCCCACUUCCAGAGAGAGGGAAGUCCAGGGGGACCAAGGAACAUGCAGGGAACCCAAACACCUGGGGCCUUGGAGAAGGGAGCGAAUAGGAAAGUGAUUGGAGGCAGGAUGGGGAAGGACCAUUGCCUUUUAACUGGAAAGAGGCCAGAAUGUUGGAGGGAAUGAUGGUGAAGCGAGAGAAUUCAGGGAAUUGCAGUCCCCUUUCUGAGAGGUGAAGGUAAGGGGAAAUAACAAACGUUAGCUGUGUAGAGGAUCCCUUGGGCAAAGUGCAGGGGAAUGGAUUGGUGGAAGUGGUAGCCCAGCCCUUCAAGCCUAUGGGAUUUACUGCACUUUAAAAAAAAUAUAUAAUGCAAUCUGCCUUGAAUCUUUGGGGCAGAGCAAGAUGCAAACCUUAGAACAGCCAGGCAAGUCAAUCUUUUUGGUCUGUGGCUCAGGAAGACGUUGGGAGGCUCACAGCUGCUCCUGACCUAUAGCCUGCCUGUCCUAAAGGGUUUGCAUGGAUAGGAGAGGCUGCCCACUGUGGAACUAGCGGUGGCAGAGACAGAUGAUUAUUUCUACUCUGCAGCUUCCAUUGUAACUGGAAAAUGGUGGUGUGACAUGGAGCCCUGCCAGAUUGAAGAGGAGUGCAAAGCGCUGCCUGACAAUUCCGGCUGGAUGUGCUCACUAGGAAACCGUGUCAAAACCACCAAGGUACUAGUCCCUUAACAUUCCCCACAGUAGGUGAAGCCUACAAAGGGCAAAUGUGUACCAAGCCUCCUUUUCCACUUCCCAGCUGCUACCCUGUCUUGCUUUCCGCUUUGUUUUUUAAGCAGGUCCUGUGGAUAAGGCUCACCUCCUUCCUCCAUCUGACAAGUUGUCUUGUUUUCCCUUUCAGAUCCACCCCAGGUAUUGAGAUCUGCAGCGCCGAAGGAUCCACCUCCCAAGUGUAUACGACAAGAUAUCUGGCGAUGGCCAAAGGACCUUGCUACAAAUGCUAGUAGGAAAUACGAUUCCUUACACAGCCACAGGACCAAAUAUCACAAAGGAAGCUACACUGCUCAAUUAGCUGCAAUGGGGAAGAUCAAGUGGCCGGGGAGAGCAGGUGCUGGUACCCAGAUUGGGCUUUGGUGCCUUUUCUAACGGUUGCUGCCGUCCUUGGCUAGGAAUGGAAUCAAAGACCUUUUCGCCUUUAUCGGAGCAAAGGCUAAAAUCUGUUUCCCUGGAUGCAAUGCAACAUGUCAGCUCAGACUCCUUCUGUAACUCCUCGAUGCAACCUGCACAGUUAACUCCUCCCCUCCUUCGCUCCCUUUUGGCAGGUGUCUAAUUAAACUCUCCGGGACAGAAGCCAUACAGCCAGUUUGUAUUUACACCUGUAAUAGAUAAUACAUACC